AUGGAUAGCGGUAGAGAAUCUGGCGAAAGGGUCGUCCCAGAAUCUGGUUCUGGAUUAGCUUCGAGGUCAGGUUUCCCUUAUAUUCCAGAAUCGGUUGUGAUUGAAUUGCUCAUCCGUUUGCCAAUGAAGUGUGUCUUUAGAUGCAAGUGCGUCUGCAAACAAUGGCGCUCCGUGAUUGACGCUCCUUCCUUUGGACUUGCUUUUGUUUCAAGAAUUGCAUCACCAUCAGCACAACCAAAACUCUGGACUCUUCUCUAUAAAUGUAUACAUGCGGAUGAAAUUCAUCAUGAGCACGGGUUUUUCAGGAAUUUGUUUUCAAAUGAUGUUGGUUUAGCCUGUCUUACUAAGUCUGAUCUUCCUGCUUCCGCACAGGCACAUGGAACUGAGGCAUACGGAAUACUUGAUUACAUUAUUGCCAUGGACGGUAAUGGGCUAUUGUUAUGUGGCUCAAAUUGCGGGUGGCAUUUAGGUCGCUAUUAUAUUCUAAAUCCCAUCACUAAGCAGUAUGUUGAAAUUCCGCCAUCAAAGCGUCCCUUUCCCUAUUGCUGUGUAGGGUUCAUCAGCCAGAUGGUAGGGGAAAAACCAGCAUCCUCAAGCUUGAUAUAUUUCUCUUCUGAAACUGGUGAAUGGAGGGAUAUUGAUAUUCCUCUUCAGCAAGUACUUCAACUUUUGCCUCUCAGGAAGAUGCCUGUUGUUUUAAAAGAAAUAUUGCAUUUUAUGGAUAGGGAGCUUGGGAUUUUAGCUUACGAUCCAUAUAAAGGUCCUCAUUCUUGUCGGAUUAUAGAACUUCCGGGGGAUAUAGACAGAGAAUGGAGCAAACGGGUUGAUGAAAAAACUAUACUGUUUGAUGUUCAUCGUGGCCAUUUGAGAUUUUUUGCAGCAUCUAAUGCUUAUAAUGAUGGAUUGAGGAUAAGUAUGUGGACACUCAGUGACUAUGACGAAGGGCAUUGGUUAUUGGAGCACCGUAUCAGCCUAAGUGAACUUGCAUGUGAUAUUUCAUUUCCUGAUUCGCCAUAUUUGGUGCCAAUUACUUUCCACCCAUUUGAUUCUGAUACUGUGUAUCUCGGGUAUGGUAGAAGUAUUCUCUCCUAUGAUUUCCUAAGUCAACAAUUGCGAGAGCUGGAUAAUAAUGUUACUUUGCAAACAGAUAAUGUUACCUUAAAAAAGGAUAUCCACUGGUAUUUGGUCUACCGCUUCGCGCUUCCCCUGUGGCCAGUCUCGAUUCAGGCAUCUACAAUCAAAGUCUAG